CCCUCCAUCCAUCCCUUGCUGUUUUUUUUCCAAGCUCUGAUGUCACAAGUUUUGUUUGGUUUCUUUCUUUUUUUCCCCUUCAAGCAAAAGGUUGUAAAACUUGUUUGAACACCAGGAAGGCAGGAGCGGAACCUUUGGAAGCUGACAUUGCAAGCGAAGGCAGCGGGAGAAGAACACAGGGACCAUGUGCUGCUGAGCAAUGGUGCUUCGGAACACAGAAGCCAUGGGAGUCCUGAGCCAGUCGGAGCUGUGCCCUUCGCCAGCCGCCUUGGAAAAGGAUCACCUCGAGGAGGCCCAGAUCCUAGAAAAGGAGACAUCUCCAACCCAGAGCAGUACAGAAGGCGACUCCCUUUCUUCAGAAAAUGGAUCCAGUCCCAGAGGCAGCUCUGGCAACUGUACAGAUGAUGAAGCCAGUAGCACUGAGAGUGCCAAGAAUGGGAAUGGGAGUCCAUGUGCAGCAAGGAAUGGGGGCCACUUGAAAGGGGAAGGUGCAACUGAGCAGUGUGGUCAGAACAAGAUUGUGGCUCUGGAAAAUCGGAUCAAGGACCUGCAUCACCGGAAGAAGGAGCUCAAUAUUGAGAUGGACCUGGAAGAUGCUUUGGUGGAAGGAGAACUGAACGAUGAGAAGCAAGAGCUGAGAUGGGAAGAGGAACGGCUACUGGAGUUGCAGAGGCGACUUGCUGAGACUGAACACAGGUGCCACGCCGAGCGGGAAAAGGAGAAGACGCGGCUGCAACAGGAGCGUCGCAAGGUAGAAGAGUUGCAACGGCAACACGCUGAAUCGCAGAUUCACCUUGACAGCCAACCCGAAUCAAUGCGGGAGCGGAUGCAGAGCCAGCUGCAGGAGACAUCUGAAAUGCUGGAAGGAGCCCUGAGAUGCUACGAAGACCUAGAAUUCCAACAGCUCGAGAGAGAGAGCCGGUUGGAAGAGGAGAAGGAGGCCGCCUGCCAAGCACUGGCUGAAGAAAUCACUCAGUUACAGAACAGCAUCAAUAAGAGGAAGAGAAUGGUGCAGAGGCUGGAGGGCCAGGCCCGCUUGACGCAGGAGCAGAUGGUGGAUGAGUGCCAACGAUUUGCACAGGAGACGGGAGAGGCUGUAAGGAAUCUCAAUGCGGAAAAAAAUCGCCUAAUGAACAUGGGCCAAGGGCAUUUGAAGGAGCGUGAUGAAGACUCCCCAGAAGAGAGGCAGGGUGUUACUCAGCUCACUUUCACCCAAAAGACGGAUCGGAAACUCAUUGUCUUGGGCUCGGACCAAUCUGAUUCAUCUUCCUGUGUCUUCUCCGUCCACAGUUCUGUCAAGGUCUGUCUUGACCUGUUGGUCUGUCUUGAUUGUCAGUGUCUCUGUCUCUUCCUUGUACAUGUGUGGAUGUUAUCCUCCUGUUCUACAGCCGUAUUGUUCAUCAAGAGGAGACAAAUCUGCAAGAUGAUCUGCUCCUUUUCAAGAAGGCACAGAUUGAAGGCCAGUGACAAAUCCGGCAAUACCGGAGCACCUACCUUGAAGGCGGGGUCCUUCUUAUCCCCUAAGGGCCUAAUUCACUUCCAGAUAAUUUUUCAGACCGGAUUCCAGUCUGUGAGUCUUGCUUGUGUCUCUCUGUGUGCUCAGGAGGUUAAGAAAGCAGCCAAGGAGGCAAAACCCAUGGAGCGGCCCCCAUCAAUUAAGAUUCCCCGUCCGGUGGAGAUCCGAGAGCCCAAACAAAUUGCAUUUGACUUGCGAAAACACCUGGAGGCAUCAGGACACAGCGUGGACACCUGUCCGCAUGUACGGGUGACCAGCAAGUCUUGCAAAGGGUAUCUGGUCAAGAUGGGAGGUAGAAUCAAGACCUGGAAGAAACGCUGGUUCACCUUUGAUCGGCAGAAACGUGUCUUGGCAUACUACGUAGAUAAAGAAGAAACCAAGCUUAAGGGCGUGAUUUACUUCCAGGCCAUUGAAGAGGUUUACUAUGACCAUCUCCGCAGUGCAUUCAAGAGCCCCAGCCCCAAAAUGACCUUCUGCGUCAAGACCUAUGACCGCCUCUUCUGUAUGGUGGCACCCACCUCGGAGGCGAUGCGCAUUUGGAUGGACGCUAUUGUUACAGCAGCAGAAGAGAAUGUUCGCUACUGAUGAGCAUGUCAUGCUGUAGACUCUACCAUUCAUGCUCAACUAUGAACCUAGUGCUUCUCCCCACGGAGCAUCCAUUGCUAAACUAUAUCUUGGCAGCAUGAUAGACAACGGGAGAGGCUUGACUAUGUUUCUGUUUGGUCAGAAUGCUGUUUGGCCCACCAAUAUUUGCACAGACAGGGUGGGAUUCUAAGUAAGAAGUGGGGUCUGUCCAUAUAUAGAAUUGUUGGCAGUGGCUGCUCAUAACAGUUGCCAAAGUCUUCACAUCCGAGAAGACCAACGUGUUGGCAGAUGGAACAUCGAUGGUGUGUUUUCCAGCUACUUUUGUAAAGUAUGAUUUCAGUUCCAAGGAAUCUGAACCAGAAGUUGUGUUUCUUGGACAGCAUCUUUGAGAGCAAGCAAUGCAUCCUAGGAAAAGGGAGAAAGUUCUGUGAAUUUUAACUCCUUUAAAUCAUCCAGGGUUUGAUUGUUGGAUUACGACUCUGAAAGACUGUUGUUUGAACCAUAGCCAUGGAAACCCACUGGGUGACUUUGGGCAAAUCAUAUUAUCUCGGCCUCAAAAUAAAGCAAUGGCCAACCUGCUUUGCCAAUAAAUCUUGCUAUGAAAACUUUAGGAGAGGAUCACCAUGAAUGGGAGUUGACUUGAAGGCACGGAAGAAUAAAGUGGAACUUAACCUAGAUAAAUGAAGCUUGGUCUUCCUGUCAGGA